GCCUGCCGCGCCAACGAGGCCCAGUGGUCGUUGUUGAACGAAUGUCGUCGCGCAAGAGCUCGUCCAAGGCGCCACCGAUGUCCGCGAUGCGCAAGCGCAAGCUCGAGUCGUCGACGAGCCGCCGGCAGUCGAUCCAGCGCAUGGUGUCCAUCACAGUCUCGAAUCAGCUCGAGCAGAUUCGGGAUCCGCGAGCGCGUGGUAUCUUUUUUCUCUUUCGCGACUCGGGCGAGUCGAUCCGCGACUACACGCUCCGCACAUUGGAGCAGUCGAACGCCGGCAGCACGCUCGACGGCUCCAUGAUCCUCCUCAGUCUCAUCUGGGUCGGCAUCUACAUCAGCGUCAACCGCGACGGACCCCGACCGCUUCUCGACAGCAACACCCAGUCCGACAUCAUCAAGGUUGGCUACACACUCGGCGUCAUCUUCCUCUGCGAUUAUAUGCUGCGACUCUACGCGUCGCCGCUGCGUGGCAACCACUUUAGCAGCUUCUUCUCCAUGGUCGACUUUGUCUCGUUUGUCCCUAUGGUCAUUGAGCUCGCGCUCGGCAACGACGUGCUCUCGCGCUGGGCCGACGACCCGACGCGGCGCCAGCUCGUGUCCAUCCUCCAAGUUACCAAGACUGUCCGCAUUCUGCGCUCGUACCGCAUUCUCAAGUACAUCAAGUCGACCGUGACGCGCCAAAUCACGGCGACCGUCCUCACGGUCAUUUGCAUCAUUGUCGCCAUGGCCGGCAUGCUCCAGAUUCUCGACCAGUGCGCGGCGCAGUGCCCGACCGUGUGCCAGUCCAUGCUCGUGCAGACGUGCAUGGACCCGACCGCAGAACGCGCGCCCGAGACACUUGCGUGUCUGGAGCUCAACGACAAGUUUUAUUGUUGCACGUGCCAGAACCUCGGGUUCUUUGACUGGGUCUACUUUGUCGUGGUGUCGAUCUCGACGCUCGGGUACGGCGACAUUGCGCCGCGCAGCCGGUUUGGCCGCCUUGCCACGUCGCUCAUGAUCAUGCUCACGUUCGUGCUCGUGCCGAUUCAAGUCAACAAGUUGAUUGCGACGAUAUCGUCGCACUCGGGGUACACGAAUUCGUACAAAGAGUACCGAACGCACACCCACGGCAUCAUCACGGCGGGCGGCGAAGUGAGCGCCGGCGCGCUCAACAACUUUUUACGGCAAUUUUUCCACCCCGACAACCCCAACUGGAACGAAAAGAUUGUCAUCUUGCACCCGUCGGCGCCAACGAGCGAAGUGAAAAAGAUCGUACACCAGUACGAACCGCGCGUCCAGUACAUUGUCGGUUCGGCCAUGAACGAGCUCGAUCUGGAGCGCGCGAUGAUCAGCCGCGCGUCGAUUUGCUACGUCAUGAUCAACAAGCACUCGCAUCGGUCGUCCAACGAAGACCAGUCGAGCACGCUCUUGACAGCUGCGUUUCGCGGCUCGAACGCCAAAAUUCCCAUCUACUCGCAAGUGUACUCGUCCCAAAACAUGGGCCACUGCACGCUCUCGGGGGCGUCCGGCGUCGUCUGCAUCGAGCGACUCAAGCUCGGCGUUGUGGGCUUGAACUGCUCCAUCAUGGGGCUCUCGACGCUCCUCUCCAACCUCCUCGACACGGUCUCGCCCAACGUCGAGUUCUUGUACCCGUCCGACUCGUGGGAGGCGGCCUAUCUGCGCGGUUACAUUCACGAGAUUUACAAAGUCGACCUUCCCCGCACGUUUUCCGGGCUCACGUACGGCGAGCUCAUUUUGUUCUUAUUUGGCACGAUCCAAGUGAUCCCGAUCGCGAUGCUCACCGACCAAGGCGCGCGGAUCAUGCCCAUGGACUUCAAGAUCGGCACGACGGCCGACCCGACCAUCUGCUGCACGCUCUAUGUGCUCGCGGCCGGGAUUUCCGUCGCGGACCGCAUCGCCGAGUACCCCCUCGAGCAAAUCCGCGAGUUUCGGCAAACGCUGCGCAAGCAAGAGCGCUAUAUGGCCGAGCGCGCAGCGAACCGGCAGCGCACCGAAGCGGUGAUUGUGGUGCCGCCCCCCGAGGCCCCCAAGCACAGCGAAGCCGUCAUCAUCAAGCCCAAGCUCAGCCCCGACGCGGGCGCGGCCGAGCCGCGUCGAGGGUCUAUCACCGAAGAGCAACAGCCCGUCGCCGGCCUCAAGGUCGAGGGCUUUGCUGCGAUGCGUAAAACCCUCCAUGGCGUUAAGCACGCGUUUGAAAAGUCGUCGCCGUACAAGGACUUUCUGGACAAGCCGCUGCCCGACGUACUCAGCGGUCACGUGGUCGUCGUCGGACUGCCGCUCUCGCUGCACGACCUCAUCAUGCCGUUGCGCCAGCACAAUGUCGAGGCGUCCACGGUGCAGCCCAUCGUUUUUAUCUCGUCGUUUGGGAUGACGGAAGCGCAUUUCCAGACGAUUCCGGACCCGGAUGGCAUCUACUUUUUCCAGGGGUCUCCGCUGAGCUCGUUCGAUUUGGAGCGCAUCCACAUUGGUAGCGCCGCGGCCAUCAUCAUUCUCGCCUCGACGUCGUCCAAGCGGCGCUACGUGGACGAAAACAUGGUCGACGCCGACGCGAUCACGACCGUGCGCUACAUCAUCGAGGCGUGCGGGUCCGCGACGCCCAACCUCAUUGUGGAGCUCGUGAAAGCCACGAACGUCAAGUUUAUGAGCUUUAUCGUCAAACGACCGCCUCGCCGAGGCCGUCGGCAGAGUGACGGCCGGCACUACCGGACGUUCGGAUCCGUCGCGCUCAAGUACGCCAACACCAACGGCUUGGACGCGACCAAGAACAGCGACCAAAAGAUCGAUAUCGAGCACAUUUGCGAGCCGUCGUACGCCUCGGGACGCGUGUACGUCAGCGGCAUGAUCGACUCGCUCAUGAGCGAGUGCUACCAAAAACCCAACAUCACGUCGGUCGUCAACCUUCUCAUGUUUGGGUCCCCCGAAGACGACGAGUGUCAACGACUCUUUCAAGUCAAAGUGCCCGCGCUGCUCGUCGGCAAAGAGUUUGCAGAGUGCUUUCGAAAAUGCCUCAAACUGAACCUCAUUUGCAUCGGGUGCCUCCACCUCGCGUCUGACAAGUCACCGUCGUACGUACACACAAACCCGCCGGGCACGAUGAAGAUCGUCGCCACCGACUUGCUCUAUCUCGUCGGAAAGCCGUGCGCCGAACUGCCCCUGUAGAAUAGCGACACACCUACUAUAUGACACAUAACUUAUACUAUCACUAUUGCAUCUUGCUAUCCUCG